CAUCGCCCCUCCCCCCAACUGGAGUUGGUCACUUUGCCGGGACACAAAACGGAUGGAGAGUCCGGGCGGCGCGUUCGAGGACCUGAUAGUGGUAGAAGAUGAGUUCUCAGCAGCAGUAUCCUCGAGCAGGACUGCCCGCUGGACUGGCCCAAGCACAGACGCCCAGCGGAAACACUACAGCGGUCCAAGGAAAGCAGACUAAUACAGGAGGCCACGAUGAAAGCAGCCGCGAUGUUGACCACGCUCCGAGCUCCAGUGCAGCAGCCGCCCUCAGAGAUGAUAAGCAAGAGACGGUGGUGGUCCGGCCGUACCCUCAGCCCCAGAUUCACGGCUCAGCGUCUACCGCGCCGCCCCCGCUGGCCCAGCACCUUGCUUUGCAGCCUGGAGCUACUGUCUCUGCUCCAGCCACCUCCAACACCUCCGCCCACCUGCCCCAGGGUGUUCCACUCACCUUCCCUGAGGGGCCAGGAAAGUCUACCCUCAAGACUCCUAUGCCCAGCCGUGUAAUUGCCCCCGCCCCAGUUUCGGCUCAGGGGCACCUCGCUGUGCCACACAAAGUGCCCAGCCACAUCACGGUUACCAUGGAGAGUGCUAUGCCACAGGCGUCUGGGAUACCCGUGGCAACCAUCAGUGGCCAGCAGGGUCAUGGUGGAAACCUGCACCGCAUCAUGGCCACCAACGUUCAGAUCAUCCGCAGUGGAACUCCUGCCUUGCAGAUCGGAUCCUCUGCGGCCCCUCAGCACCAGUUUCCCUCUCAUUUACCGAGAGGAGCUGCAGCUGCUGCUGUAAUGUCCAGUACCAAAGGAGCAACUGUGCUGAGACCAGCGUCCAGCCCAAACAACCCCGCAGGACAGCCCACGGUCCAGCACAUCAUCCACCAGCCCAUUCAGUCCCGACCCAUAGCGACCACCUCUACGCCGGUGUUGCCUACAGUGGUGGCUCCAGUCACAGCCACCAGGCCCCAGUCUCCUGUCAUUAGCACAGUGACGGCUCACUCAGGAGACCUUGUGCAUGGGCGUUCAGCUCUUACCAUUCACGCUCCUCCUGCAGCCCUGAGCAUACAACGGCCUCCUCCAGCUCGGGACACGCCCACCCGCAUUACGCUUCCUUCACACCCAGCCAUUGGUGCUCAGAAGCCCCUCCCACACUCAAUGGCACAGAAACCAAUCUUUAGCACUGUGACGCCUGUUGCAGCAGCAACAGUGGCCCCCAUUCUGGCCACUAACACUGCCCCAUCACCCACAACAGCAGGCUCUGUUCCUCAAACUCAGAUAUCUAGCAGUAAUAUUGUUACUGUGACGAUGGCCUCCCAUUCCACCCACGCCACUGCCGUAACUACUUCCACCAUCCCUGUGGCCAAAGUGGUCCCCCAGCCAAUCACACACACCUCCCCCAGAAUCCAGUCUGAGUUUCCUGGAGAGAGAGGUAACCUCAUCCCCAUCUCCGCCCACCGCUCCUCCCCCAACCCCAUCACUAUGGAGAACCGCAGCGACAACAGGCAGUCUGUUCCUGUGCAGUUUCAGUACUUUCUACCAACCUACCCAUCAGCCCCUUACCCCUUGACUCACACCUACACACCCAUCACCAGCUCCGUUUCCACCAUUCGGCCCUAUCCAGUGACAGCCCCUACAGCCGCCAUGCCUGCCCAGACCGGUGUGGGUGUGGCCUCUGCAGUGCACCUCAACUCCAUGCAGCUGAUGACCGUGGACCGAAUCGCUCAGAUCAACACCCAGAACAUCCAGCCGACUGCAGUGGCAGCACAGGGGGUGCAGCCCACAGCCAUCACAGCCCAGGGGCUCCACACCUCCACUCCUAUUAACCCACAGAGUAUCCAGCCUACGUCUGUCAACCCCCAGCAACCCCCCACUGAGGCCAAGACUUCAGUCAUGCUGCCUGAUGGUUCCACCCUGGUGGCUAACUCAAUUAACAGCACCUUCAACACCAGUCAGCCUGCUGUCACGGUAACACAGCCUCACCCACAGAGUGGUGGCUCUGGGGCUCCGGCGCUCGUGUCAUCUCCUCGGCCCAGCAUCCUGCGCAAGAAGCCUGCCAGUGAAGGUGCUGCCGUGAGGAAAAACCUGAUCCCUACUCAGCUUGGUGACUCGGGCAGGAUGGAUGGGGGACUGAGGAGCACCUCAGGGUCACCUCGACCUGCAGGAAUGAAACCCAAACCGGAUGUCCUGGUGGGUUUGGCCCCUCCGGUGACGGCUGCAGUGGAGGCUAUUUCGGUUUCGGGCCAGAAUGCUGAACAGCAGCAGAACUCUGCUCUUCCUCCAUCUCAAAUCCCUGCCCAACCCGUCUCCUCCCUACUGACCUCAGCCACGCCCCCCUCUCAGCCUGUCCCUGCUGCCAUGGCAGUAACCCCGCCCAUCCCAUCAAUGGCCAACGUUGUAGCCCCGUCUUCUCACCCAGCAGCCACCAGCACUGCAGCCUGUCCUGUUAGCUCCACCCUCCCAGAGAUUAACGUAAAGCAGGAGGCGGAGCCAAUGGACUCAUCAAAACCAGUGGGUCCAGCGCCCCCUAGUGGCACACCUGCUCUGGCAGUGCCAGCUGCUGAACUCGCCCCCGGCGCCUCGCCUAGGAAGAAACCUCGCAAGCAGCAGCAUGUGAUCUCCACUGAGGAGAGUGAGAUGAUGGAGGCCAACAGCACCGAUGAGGAAAGGGUCCUCACCAAACCGCCCAGCCAUCGGCCUGAGAAGCGCAAAUCCCCACCCAAGGAGUACAUUGAUGAGGAGGGAGUGCGGUACGUUCCUGUGAGGAUCCGCCCGCCGAUCACUCUGCUGAGACAUUACCGAAACCCCUGGAAGGCUGCAUACCACCACUUUCAGAGAUACAGCGAUGUCCGUGUCAAAGAGGAGAAGAAAGGCACGUUGCAGGAUGUGGCCAAUCAGAAGGGAGUGGUGUGUCGCGCUCAGGGCUGGAAGAUCCAUCUUUGUGCUGCUCAGCUGCUGCAGCUGACGAGUCUGGAGCAUGACGUCUACAGCCGUCUGACCACUCUACAGGAAGGUCUUAUACCGAAAAAGAAAUCUGGAGCUGAUGAUGACCUCCACCGCAUCAGUGAGCUUAUACAGGGGAACAUGCAGCGCUGUAAGCUGGUCAUGGAUCAGAUCACGGAGGCUCGGGAGGCCAUGUUGAAGGUGCUGGACCACCGAGAGCGAGUCGUGAAGCUUCUCAACAAGAACAGUAGCACCAAGAAGCUCCACAAGCUGAAGCGCAAAGACAGGGCUUGAGAGGAUUUAAAGAAAUAAGCCUACAUCAGCAGCUUACUGCUCCAGCCUGAGACUAAAGCAGGCCUCUCGAACCAUCACACCCAGCACAAACGCACCCCUGGGAUAAAAUCUCACUCUAACACCAUGUGAAGCCUUGGGCUGCUGACAUGAUGGACGAAAGUGAACAAAACUUAUUUAAAAGGAACUAAAUGAAGUGCUUUACAGGGGUACUUUCUCUCUCCCAUAAUACUUACAGAGAACUGACCAGAUGGGUCAUCAGACGGACCUUUAGGCAGAACCUGUUAGCAUUAUGGCCGUGAUACCAUCCUCAGUGUAAAAGCCUUACGUCCACAUAGAAAAAAAGCGUUGAAUUUAUUUGAUUUAAACGUGUACAAUGUAUUUUAUCAACACAAUUUUGCCUUCGCGUUUACUUACUUCUGGCAGUAAUUGUGUUGAUUAGUGAUGUUUUUUUAAUCAUGUCUAAAUGGUCCACACUUUUGGACGUACAAACGACAUUUCACUGCACUGCAGUAGACGUUCGAGGAUGGUUAGAGUAUCCACCAGUAUAUUCUGAAAGGCUGAUGCACUAAAAUCCAGGCAGCAUUCAAACUGAAGACGGCAUUCUGUAGUUCUUCACAUGUCAAAAACAGCGACGUGCUGCCUGCACAAA